AUGUUGACUAUUAAUAACAAUAAUAACAAUACUAAUAGUAAUAUCAAGAAUGAAGAUAUAUUAAAAUUAAAACAACAACAAGAAAUAUCUAGAAAUAGAAAUAAUCUUCAACAGCAUCAUGAUGAAGAAGAUGAUGAACAUGAAGUAAUUGAAGAUGAAGAUGAAGAUGAAGAAUAUUCAGAAAUCAAUAGUGAAAGUGAUAAUAAUACAAGUACAAAUAGUAGUAGUAAAGAUGAAGAAGAAGAAGAAGAUGAUGAUGAUGAAGAUGAAGAUGAUGAGGAAGAUAAUGAACAAAAGAGAAUAAGAAAUCAUCAUAAUAAUUUAAUUAGAUUAAAUCAAAAGAAAAAGAAAAGAAAUAAUGGUAGUAAUCUUUCAAUAUUGGAUUUACCAUUUACAAUAUUAAAAGAGAUUUAUAAUUAUUUGGAUGAUGAUUUGGAUCGUAUUUCCGAUCCUUGCGGGAUGUCUGCCGUCGACACUCAAGCAUCUCAGUCUGGGGCAUUGGUUCAACCAGCCGAUUGCACCCGGCACGCUGCCCGACUCGCUCACCCAUCUCCACUGGUGUUGGGUCUACUCCCAUCAUCACUGCAACACCUCAAAUUUGGUAACAAGUUUUGUCAACAGGUUUGGAUCGAUCAACUUCCCCCAACCAUUCGAUCAAUCGAGUUUGGACGUGAAUUCAAACAACCUCAUCUCACCAAAUCACCACUCACUCAUCCCAUUCCAACCACCAUCACCAUCAUCCGUAAAACUGUAACUUAUAUCGAUCAAUCAACUCUUAAUUCAAUUUCAACAACUACAAGAAUUCCCCUUCAUUGCUAA